AUGCUGUUCCAAAGCCUCACCUGCGGCGGCUGCCAAGUGCCGUAUGAUCCGGAGGAGGAGAUGGCGCACACGCCGAAGUACACCCCCGCCGAUGGUUCGGUCCGCUGUGGCAGAUGCGAGCCCGAUCUUCCUGUUGCCUGGCACGUCCUUCACUUGAUCCAGUUGCCGGGAAUGAAGAAGACCAAGCUCGGCUACGUCUGCGAAGGUGCCCCGCCGUUUCCGAAGUGCACCAAGUGUGAUGAGUACUUCAAAGAUUCGAGUGAGACCCGUGUUCUGCCGUGUGCUCAUCAGAUCUGCACCGGAUGUAUCACCAAGCAUAAGGACCAGCAGGCGAUCGGUUGCACCAUGUGCAAGCAAGUGACCAACGCUACUGCCAUCCGAGAGUCGCCCUUGUUCAAGAACUUCUACAACAAUCUCUCGUUGAUGAGCCUUGAGAAAAUGCGGGAAACGAUUUCCUCGAAUCGUCAGAGCUGUGAGGGAUGCCACUCGCUGUUGCCGAUCGAGAGCUUCUUCUUCUGCAAUGACUGCAAACUCCGUGUCUGUGGCAUUUGCACCUUUACGGGCCAUAAGGAACACGCGGACGUGGUACGGCUUCUCCACACUGAAAAUGCCGCUCUUGAGAAGGCAACGGUCAAGAAAAUCAACACGAUUUAUCAGGACCUAAAGGGCAACAUCCAGGACUUGCAUGAGGAGCUGACCGCUACCCUGACGCGUCUUCACAAUGCGCUUUCGAAAAGCAUUGGAGACAUCCGCCACCAGGAGAAGUACAACGAUUCCAAGUCGAUCGUCGACCAAGUCCAGGGCAUCACCACUUUGUUCUCCGAGCGCGUCGAGGAGUACUUUCCGGCCGUCCGUGAAUUCAACGUGCACCUCAAGGACCUUUGCGAUAAAAUCGAGGUGAAAGCUGAC